ACCUAAGCCAGACUUCAGUGCGGUGACGACGUCGAGAGGAAUUGCCUGGUACUCUGGUUCCAGCUCGGGUUCGUGUGUAUUUGAAUUGGAUUUCUUGGAUAAUUUAUUUACUGAGGAUGGGGUUGCUUUCGUGCCUGAUACCGCUUCUGGCAAUUGGAGCAGCCCACUCUACGCCCCGGAAUGUACUCCUCCUCCUGGCAGACGAUGCGGGCUUCGAGGCGGGUGCCUAUCUGAACAAAUUCUGUCAGACCCCGAAUCUAGAUGCUCUGGCCAAACGCGGAUUGCUCUUCAACAACGCCUUCACCUCGGUGAGCAGCUGCAGUCCCAGCCGCGCUCAGCUGCUGACCGGCCAGGCCAGUCACUCCAGCGGCAUGUACGGACUCCACCAGGGCGUUCACAACUUUAAUGUUCUACCGGACACCGGGUCAUUGCCCAACUGGCUCCGCGACCAAAGUGGCGGCCGCAUCCUGACCGGCAUCAUUGGCAAGAAACAUGUGGGCGCGGCGAACAACUUCCGCUUCGAUUUCGAGCAAACCGAGGAGCAGCACUCGAUCAAUCAGAUCGGCCGGAAUAUCACCCGAAUGAAGGAGUACGCCCGACAGUUCCUCAAGCAAGCCAAAGAUGAGCAAAAGCCCUUCUUCCUCCUGGUGGGCUUCCAUGACCCCCACCGCUGUGGUCACAUAACACCACAAUUCGGGGAAUUCUGCGAGCGUUGGGGCAGUGGUGAGGAGGGGAUGGGAAGCAUUCCCGACUGGCAUCCGAUCUACUACGAUUGGAGGAACCUGGAGGUGCCACCUUGGCUGCCGGACACUGAUGUCGUGCGCCAGGAACUGGCUGCUCAGUACAUGACCAUUUCCCGGCUGGAUCAGGGUGUGGGUGUGAUGCUUAAGGAACUGGAACAGGCCGGCCUGGCUGGCGAUACGCUCGUGAUCUACACAUCCGACAAUGGUCCACCUUUCCCCGGAGGUCGAACCAACCUCUACGAGCAUGGAAUUCGAUCGCCUUUGAUUGUCAGUUCCCCGCAAGCAGAGGAUCGUCGACAUGAAACCACAGCCGCCAUGGUAAGUCUCCUGGAUAUAUACCCGAGUGUGUUGGACGCCCUGGGGAUAGCGCAACCAAAUGACACAAAGGUCUUUGGAAAAUCCGUCCUGCCUGUCUUGAAGGAAGAGCCUCCUGUAAAGGAGGGCGAUGCAGUCUUCGGGAGCCACAACUACCACGAGGUGACCAUGGCCUAUCCAAUGAGAAUGGUGCGGAAUAGGCGAUAUAAGCUGAUACACAAUCUCAACUACUGGGCGGACUUCCCCAUCGAUCAGGACUUCUACACCUCGCCCACUUUCCAGCAGAUAUUAAAUGCCACCAUCAAUAAGACACCGAUCCCCUGGUACCGCUCUCUGUUGCAGUACUACCAGCGCCCCGAAUGGGAGCUCUACGACAUCAAGGUGGAUCCUCUGGAACGCAACAAUCUGGCCGAUAAGCCCAAGUACAGUGGAGCCUUGAAGCAGCUGCGACAACAGCUCUUCGACUGGCAGGUGGCCACCAAGGAUCCUUGGCGUUGUGCCCCGCACGCUGUGCUCCAGGAGCAGGGCGUGUUCAAGGAGCAGCCUGUCUGCCUCACUUUGGGGCACGAAGCUCUGAAGACGUACCAAAAGCACCCUAGGAUUCUAAGUCAGUAUGAGGAGUAUGUGCUGGUCUAGGCUUCCUAUCCUAGUUCUGCUAAAGUAUUCUAGAGAUAAUGAGUGCUACUGUCUUAUCGCACCUUCAAUAAAAAACACCCUUAAGUGCUGAUAACACAA